AUGGCCUCUCAAGGACCUCCGCCAGACCCAGACGUCCCCGCUGGUACCGUUUUUGAAGCGUACCCGCUCGCCCCCGUUGGCACAUUCCUGGGCAUCGCAUGCAUCACGACGGGGCUCCGCAUCUACUGGAGGAUUAAGCCAACCUGGCGGAUUGGCGCUGAUGACUACACGCUCGUUUUUGCUCUGGUCCUCACUAUUGCCUGGUAUGGGAUUGACGUGGCAAUGUACCAUUACGGCCGGGGCAUCGAGGGCUUUGUCCCAGACCCUUGGACUAUGGGCCCAUUGAUCGUGGCAGACGGAGUGCUCUGGGUGUGGGGGCUCAAUGUGAUCCGUAUCUCCGCCGCCUUGCUGCUUCUCCGGCUCAAGGACUCCCUGCCGUGGAAGCUGGCGCUCGGGACUGUCAUCACCAUCCAAGCGUGCAUGCUUGUCGUGGGCACCACCAUGCACCUCGUCAUGUGCCAACCCAUCUCGGCUCGGUGGGCGCCGACACCAACAGCAAAGUGUAUCCCUGUGCCAAACUUUAUGAUCUAUGGUUAUGUCUACAGCGCGUCCGACUUCACCAUCUCAAUCCUCCCCAUCACCUUCAUCCGCAACCUCCGCCGACCGUUCUACGAGAAAUUUCUCAUUGGCUGCCUCAUGACCGCGGGGAUGGGCGCCACCGGCAUCGCCGUCGCGCGUUUAUUCUUGAUCAUGGGCUAUCUCGGCAAGGGAACAGCCAGGAUCAACGCCUUGCAGGACUUCCUCUGGGGUAUGGAACUAACCAUCGGCGUGUUGGCGACCUCCCUCCCAACGCUCAAGGCGCCUGUGCAUGGCUUGCUGCAGUCGUGGGGUGUGCUGCGGUCCACCAGCAGCAGCAGUGACAUGUCGCCCGACAGUUUCCUUGACGAGCUUACCAACGGGACGCAUGUUGAGAACCAGAUGCGGCAGUGGAACUCGCUCGUUCAUGGAAUUACCUAUGGCUACCUUCCACACGACCUCGGCGCCGUCAAGUUUGGUCGAUACAUAAGGUAUGCCCACCAGAGUUCGAAGUUCCUCGACAACGGCUGGAACAAGCAGGUUGCCGAAACAAUCGGAUUGAUCCAUGACGCUGGUAUCAUCCACGGUGACCUGACCUGCGCAAACAUUUUCCUGGAUGCCAACCUCGACGCCAGAGUGGCCGACUUUGCCGGAUCAUCGAUAGAUGGCUCCCCGAUGCUGGUCGUCGUUACCGAGAGCCACGAAUUCCCAGGGCCUCUGUCGUCCAUCCGAGCUGAUCUUUUCGCCCUCGGCUGCGUGCUCUAUGAGAUGAUCACAACCGGCAACCCCCCUUACAAAGAGCUGGAGGACACGGAAAUCCGUGCUCGGUACCUAAAGCAGCAUUUUCCGGAAACAACAUCCCUCGGGGCGGUUGGGGCCGUUAUUGAGAAAUACUGGCGAGGGAGCUUCCCUGGAGCCGGGUCAGUUUUUGAGACUUUGAAAAGUACUCCUCGCAGCGCAACCAAAGUGUGA